AUGGGCAUUUUCAAGAGAAAGGAACCGCGCUCUUCGCCAGAUGAAUCGAAGCCCGACCUGGCACUGUUGAGCCCUGCCGCCACGGUCGAGUUCCUUUCCAAUUACUCGCACAAGUCGCCAAAGCUCGUCAGCGGAAAGUCCUUCUCUCCAAACAUGGCCAAUUGCCUGCCUGACAUUGCCAUUCCUGAUCCUCCUGACCCGCUUGUCAAACCAGCAGCCUACCUGCGAAGCAUUCACGCCGUCCGGGAGAGGACGAGGUUAGUUUUGGAGGAGGCUAAAUCGAAUUCUCUGAAUCAUUUCGAUGUGGACUUGUCCAAGUUCAAGGACACCGCCGACUAUGUUAUGGCUAUUAUCAAGCGAGACUUUGGCGGCGACUAUGCCUCCAUCCCACCUCAUGGUCGUUGGCAACACUUUGAGGUAGGCGGAAGACCAAGAGUGACCCAGCUUCUUCAGUCAUGGCCGACUUCUGUCGAUAACCAAGAGAGAACGCGGCGCCUGAUCGACUUGUUUCUUGUCUCUGUCCUGUUGGAUGCCGGAGCUGGCACCAAGUGGUCCUACAAAUCCAAAGAAUCCGGCAAGACCUAUUCCCGAAGCGAAGGUUUGGCCGUGGCAAGUCUGGAGAUGUUCAAAGCCGGCGCUUUCAGCAGCGAUCCGUCCCAACCUCAUCAAGUGGACGCUACGGGUCUGAGUAAGGUGACGGUAGAGACGCUGGCAAGAGGGCUGCAAGUUUCCGAUGCCAAUCCGAUGUCUGGGCUUGAGGGUAGAGCUGGACUGCUUAUAAGACUUGGCUCUGCGCUCAAGAACGCCGAAAUAUUCGGGGUCGAUGGCAGGCCUGGCAACAUGAUCGACUACUUGAUAUCACAUCCCACAACCCAAGCCGCCUCCGUUCCGGUUAUUUUAUUGCCAACUCUCUGGAGUGUACUUAUGGACGGACUCUCGAGUAUCUGGCCUGCCACCCGAACCAGCAUUCAAGGUGUACCACUGGGAGACGCCUGGCCGUGUCAAGCUAUGCCCAAGUCUCCUCCAGCCCAGCCUUGGGAGAACAUUGUGCCUUUCCACAAGUUGACGCAAUGGCUGUGUUAUUCCCUCAUGGUCCCGAUGACCAAAUUGCUCAACGUACACUUUGCUGGGGCUGAAUUGAUGACUGGCCUACCUGAAUACCGCAAUGGAGGUCUGUUGGUCGACACUGGUUUACUGACUCUGAAGGAAGAGGAUCGACAGCAAGGCUUGAAGAAUUAUCACAAGAUGGUUGGCGAUGGUAACGCCGUCGAAGUAGUCCCCACAUUUGAAGCAGGCGAUGAUGUUAUCGUCGAGUGGCGCGCCGUUACGGUUGGGUUCUUGGACGAGCUUCUUGCCGCCGUGAACAAAGGUCUUGGACUCCAGGGUGCACAGCAGUUGACUCUUGCCCAGAUGUUGGAAGCCGGCACUUGGAAGGGUGGACGUGAGAUUGCACAAAUGUCACGGCCGAUUACCGGAGGGCCACCUAUUGGCAUCAUCUCGGACGGGACAGUCUUUUGA